AUGUCGGGAUGUUCUGAGCACACUACCACUACUGCAUCUGCUGCACCAAAGUGUGCAGUCAGCACACCGAAGAAAUCAAGGAAACGAGUGCGAUUUUCGGAUCCAGGUCCUCGACUUCUGGAUCAUGAUAGCUGCUCGACUGGCUUGACGCCGGCUAUGCAGCGAACUUCAUUUGAUGCUGGAUUGCCAGGAUCUGGAGACCGCACGCCUAGCCGGAAAGCCCGCCGCCGUUCGGCUCCAACGCCUCGGCUUCGACGAUCAUUUGACCCGGUGGAGCCUUUUGAUGAUACAUCAUCGGAGCGUGUGGUUCAGUUCACUCCUCUGCGGCAGAUCCUGGACACGCGUACCAAGCGGAGGAUCCGACGAAUCGGGCUGAGUGAUGAAAUCAACCACAUUCAGCGUGAGAAGCGCGAGGUUGCGACUUUUGAGAAAACUCUGGCAGCAUUGAUUCGAGAGAGAGAUAAUCUGCAGCAGGAGUUGACUUCCUUGAAGCAGAGUUGGGAAACUCCAGAAGACCAGUUACCAUCUUAUGAGUCUUUUUGGAUGUCUUCUCAGGUUCGAGCUCGAGAGGUCGAAGAGCAGACAACGUUACUAUGUGAUGGGGUCUCCGUAACCUCGAACCGAUGCUUGGAUGAGGAUGUAUCGUCUGUUGAAAAUGAUGGGGACACGUUCAUGCUUAAUGAGAGUGCCAUCAUCGCUUCUAAUUCACCCGUCUUCCGAAGUCGACGCAACAUCCACCCGCCUAGCCCCGAAAGACUUGGUUUAUUCGAUGGCCCGGACUAUGAUGCCACCGUUCAGGCACCUAUGGAGGAUACCCAUGAAGAUACCGAUAUGCAAACCUUGACCCUCGACCUGGAGGCUGCGAGAAAUGAGAAGCAAGAUUUGUUUAACGCAUGCCGCUCACAAAUGUCUACUCUGGAGAACUCUGAAUUGGGUGAAAGUCUCCGCAAAUCGUCUCCACCUCCUAACUUCAUCGAGAAUAUUCUGGCCACGCUGACGGCCGCUUUAUCUCGCGCAUCGGAUGCCACCAAGACUCUUGAAGGAAUCAGCCAAGAGUGCUCAAGCUUGGGUUUCUCCGGACAUAGCAUGGAUGAUGUGCUCUCUGAUAUUAGAAGCCAGUUCCGCUCUGCACGCCUUGAGCUCGAGCAUGCUGUUCCAGGGGAGACAGCUGACGCACCCCUCGGGGAUGGGAAAGCCACGUUAUGUGCCCUGGUAGAACAAGUGAAAUCGUUGGCGAAAGAGCUCAAAUCAGAGCGCAAAUAUCACCACGGCUCACUGGGUCGUGAAAGAGCCCUUCGUGGACAAUUUGACAACUUAUUAUACCGUUAUGAAGCAGCCGCAGAGAAAAUCGGCAGCCUCGAGGAUUCCAUUGCAUCCUCUGCAGGAGACAUGCUUCACACCAGAAUGCGGAUGCAAGACCUCGAGCAAGAAGACCAAGAGAAGACUGUUGGGAUUGACAGAUUGAAUACAGCAUUGGAAAAGUACCACGAAGAUGUGAAGAGUCUCGAAGAUUUGGUCAGCAAAAUGGAGGAUGAGAACGUCGCGAUUAAAUCAAAGUACCGAGCGCAAAUCUCUGCUCUCCGAGAGCAGGUUUCCCACGAACGCAAACAACGAUCGACCGCCGAGUUCUCCGCUUCCGAGUAUGAAUCUCGCAUCCGCCAGCUCGAGGAAAUUGUUGAGAGGAACCACACUCGUGCGUCUGACCUUACAGCCCAAUUCGAGGCUCUGGAGAAAGAGCACCAGACAGCCCUGCAAGAAAAAGCACAAGAUCAGCAAAAACAUGCCCAAGAAACGGGUUACCUGAACGUGCGUAUCUCCAAACUCGCCACAUCUCUCGAUGUCAUUCGAUCGGAGGCCCAACGCCUCCGCCAGAUAAACAAUGGCCUCGAGCAGCAAUUGCAAAUUGAGCUGGAGGCCCGUGAUGAGCUGCUGAAUGAGUGGGCGGCCGAGCAGGCGCGCUCCUUUGCUCAUAUGAAAGAAACCGUCAACUCUGAACGUCGUCGAGCGAAGGUUCGCGCGGCUAACUGGGACCUCAAGUCUGAUGAUCUCAUGUCUGAUGGUACCACGAUCGCAGGAAGUGAACCUAUAACGCCGGUCAGCAUGACGCGCUUUGUUGAUGUCGAGAUGGGGAGGGGUAAGGAGCGCAGGCGCAUGGAUAGUGGCGUUGGGAUUCUUACUGGAGAGGAGCUCCUGGAGAGCGAAGGCAUUUCAGAUAUUGGCCUGCCAACGUCAAAUCUUGUUGAUUUUUAA